GUGGUGCUACUAUGCCUUCUGACCCCGUCUUGGACUUCAUCUGGGAGAAUGUGGAGACAUUUGAACAGGCUCCUUCUCUGGAGCGUAUUUUCUUCUGUCACAUGUAGAAAAGCUGUAUUGGAUUGUGAGGCAAUGAACACAAAUGACCCGGUGACUGCCCCAGUGCUGAACAUUAUGGUCAUUCAAACAGAAACACACCGACAUAUAACAUUACAUUGCCUCUCAGUCAAUGGCUCGCUGCCCAUCAAUUACACUUUCUUUGAAAAGCAUAUUGCCAUAUCACCAGCUAUUUCCAAGUACGACAGGGAGUCUGCUGAAUUUAAGUUAACCAGGAAGAAUCCUGGAGAAGAGGAAGAGUAUAGGUGUGAAGCUAAAAACAGAUUGCCUGACUAUGCAGCCUACAGUCAAACUGUCACCAUGCCCUCAACAGGCGGAGACAGCUGUCCUUUCUGUCUGAAGCUACUGCUUCCGGGGUUAUUACUGCUGCUGCUGGUGAUAAUCCUAAUUCUGGCUUUUUGGAUACUGCCCAAAUACAAAGCAAGAAAAGCUAUGAGAAAUAAUGUGCCCAGGGACUGUGGAGACACAGCUGUGGAAGUUGGAAUCUAUGCAAAUAUCCAUGGAAAACAAGCAAAGGAGAGAUCUGUCCCAGAAGUGGGAUCCAGACCAUGUGUUUCCACAGCCCAAGAUGAGGCCGAACAUUCCCAGGAGCUACAGUAUGCCACCUCCGUGUUCCAGGAGGUGGCACCAAGAGAGCAAGAAGCCUGUGAUUCUUAUAAACCUGGAUAUGUCUAUUCCGAACUCAACUUCUGAAAUUUACAGGAACAAACUACAUCUCAGGAUGGAUUCUCACUCUGUUGCCCAGGCUGGAGUUCAGUGGCACGAUCUCAGCUCAAUUCAAUCUCCACUUUCCUGAUUCAAGUGAUUCUCAUGCCUCAGCCUCCCAAGUAGCUGGGAUUACAGGCACCCACCACCACACCUGGCUAAUUUUUGUGUUUUUAGUAGAGAUGGGGUUUCACCAUAGUGGCCAGGCUGGUCUCGAACUCCUGACCUCAGAUGAUCCGCCUACCUCGGCCUCCCAAAGUGCUGGAAUUACAAGUGUGAGCCAAUGUGCCUGGCCCUGAAUUGCUUUAGUAAAGAAAGGGUCUCCCAGAAUAAAUUCAUCUGAACAUGCA